AAAACUUUUUAACAUUCUCUCUUUGAUUUAAUGAUGAUUAGAUAAAUAGUAAGUUAGUAGUAAAAAAUUUUGAUAGUGAGAAUAUCCUUCCUAUACCCUAUGCCCUAUGCAUAUAUAUAUUUCACUUCCAACUUCAGAUUUUCAUUCUGUCAAUGAUUCUGUCCUAAUUACAUUCACACAAUAAUCAUUUCCAAUUUGUCUUUAUUAUUAUUACUAUUAUUGCGACUGCUUCAAACGCUUUCUAGAAUCGAAUCUCCCGCAGCCGCGCUACUCACCUACCAUGGCCGCCGCCGGAGUGUCUCUCUUUCCCGGCACUUCCUCCCCGCUAUUCCGCCGCGAGCCGCCGUCGUCGGUCGGGAAGUUGAAGUCCUGCCGGAUCCCGAGCAUGGCUCCGCGCUUCGCCACGUCCGUCGACCGGGUUCCGGCGACGGCAAUCUCGGCGGAGAAAGAAAGUCCGGCAGCGGAGGUGAAGCAAGAGAAAGGAAGUGGUGCGGUGGAGAAAGAGAAGCGGUGGGAGGAAGAGAAGGAGGAGAAGCAGCGGAGGAGCGGUUGGAAGGAUUACUUAGAGCAAUCGAAGGAGUUGAUUGAACCGGACGGUGGACCGCCACGGUGGUUUUCGCCGUUGGAAUGCGGUUCGCGGUUGGACAAUUCUCCUCUGCUACUCUUCUUACCGGGGAUUGAUGGCGUGGGUCUUGGACUUAUUUUACAUCAUCAGAAACUGGGAAGGAUUUUUGAUAUAUGGUGCUUGCAUAUUCCAGUUGCUGAUCGAACACCAUUUAUAGACCUUCUGAAAAUAGUUGAGAGAACAGUUAGGUCAGAAAAUCAACGAUCACCAAAUAGACCCAUAUAUCUUGUUGGAGAAUCUUUAGGAGGAUGCCUUGCGCUGGCCGUUGCAGCCCGUAACCCUGAUAUUGAUCUUGUACUAAUUUUGGCAAACCCAGCUACUUCGUUCAGCAGGUCACAGUUGCAACUUCUUACACCAUUAUUGGAAGCUUUACCUGGCCCACUCCCUCGUGGCCUGCCUAUCAUUCUCAGUUUGACAGCAGGUGACCCUCUGAGGAUGGUGUUGGAUAAUGUGGUGAAAGGACUUCCUCUACAAAAUACAGCUAGAGAGCUAAUGGAGGAUUUUACUACUUUCUCAUCAUCUCUGCCUGUUCUUGCUGAUAUAUUACCAAAAGAAACACUUCUCUGGAAACUAAAGAUGCUUAAGUCAGCUUCUGCCUAUGCCCAUUCACGCCUUUAUGCUAUCAAAGCUCAGACUUUGAUACUUUGCAGUGGAAACGAUCAGUUACUACCUAAUCAACAGGAAGGUGAAAGACUACUUCAGUUACUGCCUAAAUGUGAGCUUCGUAAAUUUGAUGGCCGUGGUCAUUUCCUACUCCUGCAGGAAGGAAGCAUUGAUCUGGUGACAAUUAUCAAAAGCACUUCUUACUACCGCCGGGGAAAGUAUCAUGACUAUGCAUCAGAUUUUAUCCUGCCAACACCUGAUGAAGCCAAAAAAGUAAUAGAAUCAUACAGUUUGAUUAACGUUGUCACAAGUCCUGUAAUGUUCUCGACUUUGGAGGAUGGAACGAUUGUAAAGGGCCUUGCUGGAAUUCCGUCAGAGGGGCCUGUUUUGUUUGUUGGGUACCACAUGCUGCUGGGGUUGGAAUUAGUUCCCUUGGUUACUCGAAUUUAUAUGGAAAGAAAUAUCCUUGUUCGAGGGAUGGCACAUCCAAUGAUGUUUAUGAGAAGAAAAAAUGGAAAACUGCCAGAUAUAUCUUCUUAUGACACAUUCAGACUUAUGGGUGCUGUUCCUGUAGCAGCAACUAACCUCUUUAAGCUUUUCUCUUCCAAGUCUCAUGUCCUAUUAUAUCCUGGAGGGAUGCGCGAGGCCCUUCAUAGAAAGGGUGAAGAAUACAAGUUAUUCUGGCCUGAACAAUCUGAGUUUGUCAGGAUGGCAGCCAGAUUUGGAGCCAAAAUUGUACCUUUUGCCGCUGUUGGAGAAGAUGAUCUUGGUCAAGUAGUUAUUGAUUAUGAUGACUUGGUGAAGAUUCCUUACUUUAGGUCUGAAAUAGAAAGCCUCACAAAAGAGUCUAUGCAGUUGAGGACUGAUACUGGUGGUGAGGUGGCAAAUCAACAAGUGUAUAUGCCGGGAAUUUUGCCUAAAGUUCCUGGCCGGUUCUACUAUUAUUUUGGAAAACCAUUUGAAACGGAAGGAAGGAAACAGGAACUGAGAGACAGGGAGAAAUCUCAAGAACUGUAUUUACAAGUGAAAUCUGAGGUAGAGAGAUGUAUUGCAUAUUUAAAGGAGAAAAGAGAAAGUGACCCCUAUAGAAGUAUAGUAUCUCGGCUAUUAUACCAGGCUACACAUGGUUCUGCGUCUGAAGUUCCAACAUUUGAAAUUUGAUUGUUCUGAACAAUAAUUGGUAAUUUUCUAAUUGAUUCAGUGAGCCUAUGUAUUCCCUAGGUUAGAGGCAAAUAUAUGUAGUUUGUCAAUAGUUUCAGGCAUUGUUUUCUGGCCAGAAGGCAUGAUUUCUCAGAGUUGUAACAUUGUGCAAUUAUUCCAACUUGAAAUCAAUAAGCUGCAAAUGCAAAUAAUAAAUGAUU